AAUAAUUUAAUUAUUUUUUUAUUAUGGGGACUAACAAAAUGUCUCCACUGUAUCAAAGGUUAUGUUUUGUUUCCACAAAGACAUUAAAACAGCGCAUACAAAUUCCCACGUCUCGCACCGCCCAACCAUUGCUUGUAAACCACUUCAAACUCAUAAUCUCACAUCAGUUCAGUAUUCUAGAGUGCAAUGACUUGUGGCUUUGAGGAUGGCUGGGGAAAUUACCCUAUCAUGAGCAAGUAACUUUGUGGAAUUGGAUUGGAUAGGAUGUAAUGAUUCCACUUUCGUUCCACUUUCCUGACAACUAUUCUAGAGUUCUAUCCUCCCUUCCUGUUCCCACUCAUCCAUCAGUCCUCUAGGGAGAAACCUACAGACUGGUUUCUGUGUAUCACUCUGAGAACUAAUCCAUCAGCUCACUUUAGAGUCACGCUGGUUAUGGCACUCGACUGUUGCAUGCAGAGCAUAGAAAGAUGGAUUGUGGAAGAAGGGUAUGGACAGGCAGAAGACUGAAAUGCUGAAGAGACAAAUGCUCUAUUUCAUACAAGUCAACUGGGCAUUUAAUCCUUUUUCCAGUGAUGAGGUGCCUGUUUUAUAGUAGUGCACAAUAUAUCAGUAGCUGAUCUUUUGUUUGUUGAUUUAUUGUUAUCGGUCCAAUAUUGAAGCAGCAGUAAUUUCUUCUUCUUCUUCUUCUUCUUCUUCUUCUUAUUAUUAUUAUUAUUAUUAUUAUUAUUAUCAUUAAAUAAGCAUUUUUUUUGGUAUCAAUAUCAUUCAUAACAAAGUGUUAUUUAUCAGUCAUUGUUACCGGCCCAGAAAUUCUAUAUCAAUGUAGUCCUAUUAUUUUAUUGUUUAUACAUGCAGUACUGAUAAUCCUCACAUAUUUCGGAAAGAUGAGUCAGUUGACUGGUUCUUCACUCUGCCAACAGUUCUUGUCAAACUGAGCCAACAGGGCAUAGUAGUAAGCUUCCACAUAAGGUAAAUACAGCUCUGUUACUCAGAUCCAGUCCAAAGGGGUCACAGUUGAAUUUCUUCUACUUCUGUUUUCACUUAUGAAGGGUUUGACUGUUAGCCUGGCAAAAAUCAUCUUGAAUCUCCCAAGCUUUCUGUUUCGUUCCACCCCACAGCUUCUGUCUGAUACUGGCUGAAUAACAAAAAAUUGUGCCUAUAAGCUUUACCAGUGAGCAAAUUGGGAAAUCAAGCUCUCGCAGAAGAAAAGCAAAGCAUCUCAGUCAAGAAAAGCCUUUGCAGAUCACAUCUGGGUUUGUUUUUUUAUGUUCAGUUAGGCCUAACAGAUUUGCAGUAAGAUAAUACAGCAGUGUCAAUACCAGUCUCAAAAAGCCUCAGUCAUUAUUAUGAUUUCUGCUUGGAGUUCUGUAAGCUCUAAGUGAAACAGCUCACUAUCAGUGCUGUUAGAGCAGAGACAAUGCUAAGCUGUGCAGUAUUGUGUGCACCCAGCACUGGAUUUAAACUGGACUAGCAAUUAAUCAGUGCUCUGCAUAACCUAGCUCUGCUGCUGAGCUUGAUUUUAAAGCACAUGGUGAGAAGUCUAAAGACUGCUGUAAGCCAUCUGGUUAAUAUGUAUAUAUAGCAUUCAGCAUUCAGACUGCUCCACACCGGCAAUUUACAGCCCACCUUAAACACAGGAUGCUCUGAUUCAAGAUGAUCUUCAUAGUUUGUGAAAAUUGUCCUGGCUAAUUUUUCAUUGGCUGAUGUGCAUGCAGUACAGACAAAGUUACUUUAUAAAGAUUAAUAUUGUAUACUUGACAACAUCAUGUUGGCUUUUCUUUGGUCUUUCAGGGUCAAUUUUCAAUUUUACAUUUUAAUCAUUUUCAUCUUAAAAACGUAAUUAUUACCCCAAAAGACCUCAAUGUUCUUAUCAUUGGACAUGACCGGGCUGCUUAAGGCCUUGGCUUAAUACAUAAAACAGAGCGGUAUUUCACAAGCUGGAUAUCUCAGUAAGCUGGAUAAUUUGAUUCUAAAGUGAGAACCGCCCAACUUCUCAUGUUAAACAGUCCUGCCGUUUGGCUUACGUGGCAACGAUUUUAAAGCUAUGAGAAAUUUUGCAUUGUGAAAUCUAAGGAGAGACAAAACAAUAAGGAUCGUUAUGUGUAUACAGAAAUAGAUAAAUAAGAGGGAGAGAAAGAAAAGGAAAAAAACAGAAAAGGUUUACAUCUAUAAACACACUGGAAAUAUUUCUUCUUUAGAUCUUUUUAACAAUAAAUUGCAUUUUAGUUCUGUUUCCAAAUUAAAUGUGUGAGACAAUUCUAAAAGAAAACAGAACAGUUUGGGGUAGAGUUACCUAACUUCUGUUUAUGAAUGUGGUAUAAAAUAAUUAAAAAUUAAAUAAAAUAAUAAUAAUUACUCAAGACAUACAUUGCCUUUCUUUUCGUAAUAUAAGAUGAUGCGUCUGAGAGUGAAUGAGUAACGUGUCAGAUACCAGAGCCGCUUUAUGAUCUACAAGCUCUCUGUCGGAAACUUUCUUACCUUCUUCCGAAACCUACGUGGAGCAACAAAAGCAGCGACGUAACAAUGGCUUUUGUUUACAUUUGCUAUGGCAACGCAGAGCAACGCUUUGCUGAACUGAGACUCGUAAACAACACGAAGAGAGUCUCUCGGUACAUGCAGUCGUUUGGACAUUAGAAACGACAAAUUAAUUCAAGCUGUCGCUUUUACACGUAAAAUGCAAUUAAAAUGAGUUCCUCGGAGGUUAAUGUGGAAAACAGACCAGUUGGUAGAUGUUUACUGCAUAACUGGGUGGAAGAGAGGGCAACUGCAUUGCUGGACAAUACUGGGCCCAAAUCCCACAUCAACAGAAAUGGACAUAUGGGCAUUCUCACUGUGGACAUGACCUCCAAAAUACAUGGAAUAAGUACAGUGAAAGCAGCCUUCACCACCCCCACUGGCCCAGGGGUGAGACACAAAGGAUUACGGGCUGAGCUGUUGGAGAAGUGCCUCAUCAAGACAAUAAGUGAGCAGAUACAAGCAGAGCUCAACUCAGAGCUUACAGCCCAAGAGCUGUGCUCCGUAACCAGAGCUGACUACACAGCAGAGGGUUUCAAAUCUGUCCGCUCAGCUCCAUCCACGAACUGUGACUACAAAACUGACCAAGCCAUCACAUUCUGGAGGGAAAACUACCAGAAGGUUCAGGGAGUUACAGGAGUCGGAAGUCCAGAUGGACCGUUUAAGAAGAACACCACCUUCAGCACACCGAUCAGCGAACGCCUGGGCAACCCCAUGGAUUUCACUCAUGAGAACUAAUAGAAGGGAAAUGAAAUUAGUAAUAUCAUGUACACUACCUGUUCAUCCACAUUUAAACAACACUGAAUAUAGCACACACGUAUAACAACACACCAAAAUACCCAAAAUUCAUCCAAAAAAGGAAAAAAAAAGAAAAAUUGCGAUUCUAUUCCUCAGUGAUCUUAAAUGAUCGGCUGUUCUGAUGUACUUCUGUUGAGGUGUCAAUAAAAAUACAUCACCAUUAUAUAAGGUAAUUUCAGUUAGUGGGACACUAAAACUUAGUGACUGUCCUUUUCCUUCGCAAGAACGACAAGAAGUGUUGCUGUAGGUUUACUUAAUUUGAAUAAAGAUUUUGAUUGUUGUGA